AUGACUCUUGCGCCACAGAGAUUGCUGGUGGAACAUCAGAGUCAAAGAGAGACUCCGUAUGAGGUACAGAGCUGGGUUGCGAAAGCUGUUGCAAAAGACGAUGGGCAAUUCGCAAACAAAAGGGAAGCACGGAAGCUGCGAGCGAUGGUGGAAUGGAAGAAGAAUCUUCCGCGUGGUAAUACGGUCGGAAUGAUUGGCUGGAUUGGGCACAGUGUGGCCGAAUCCCGUGACUUAAGCCUUGCCCGAGGUUGA